AUGAUUAGUUUAACUCCACUUAAGUAAUAUUAUUACUAAGGCAUUGACUAUUAGAAUGCAAGUACUGAUGAAGAUGAAGAAUAAUUCUAAAUAGAGUAAGGAAUUUAAAAUAAUAUUGUAGUGUUUAACCAAAAAAGAAAUAUUUUGAGACAAUUGAAGAAAAAAGACAAUAUAUUGAAGACUAUACAAAAAAGAAGAAGACAGAGUUGUGUAAGAACUUUUAAUUGACUGGAUAAUGUAAAUUUGGAAAUGAGGUAUUUUUUAAAGUUAUUUUCAGUGUUCAUUCGCCCAUGGCUUUUCUGAGUUAUAAGCUAAGACUCAUUUACAUCAGAAAUAUAAGACAAAACCAUGCAACAGAUAUUUUAAUCAAGGGUUUUGUCCUUAUGGUAUAAGAUGCCAGUAUUUGCAUGAUGAAAUAAAAGAUUAAUCAAGAUUCGAGAAAUUCUUACAAGAAUCCUACUAACAUUAAGGUAUGAAGCCUUCGAUAGCUAGAAGUAAAUUAUAAAAUUAUAUAGUAGAAUACCUUAAUAAUUCUGAAAGAUUAGAUAUUUAAAGAUUCCAAUAAGUUCUACAAAAAUUCGUCAAAAAAGGAUUUAAUGUUGAAUUGAACGCUAGAUCUAAAUUCUUUGUUUAAUUAGAAAAUAAAACAAAAUUGACUUCUUAAUUCUGA